AUGUGGGACGACGAGGAUAACAACCCGUACGGCUCGUUCAACAGACGCGACUCGGAGGCCUCCGACGCUCCCGCCUUCCGUCAAGCCCCUUCGACACCACCCUCGGGUUCGAGCAGUCCGCAACCCUCCACACCUGAAUACCACCGCCCAGACGACCACCACGAUGACGACGACGAGGACCUGUCGCAGUCGCGCAGGAUCGAACCCAAGAAGGGCGGUUACCACAGUCGUAUCGAGCAGAUCCUCUACGAGAACCCCGACCUUGACAUCCAGAUUGUCCACGCCGGCAAGAACACUGAGGGCGGAGGCAGCUACAUAACCUACACCAUUAGAACUGGAGAUAUCGAAGUGCGAAGACGAUACAGCGAAUUUGCGUCGCUGAGAGCGACCCUUGUCGCCCUGCACCCGACUCUCAUCAUUCCGCCAAUCCCCGAGAAGCACUCCAUCACCGAUUACGCCUCCAAACCCACAAAGGCGAAAGAGGAUCUAGGCAUCAUUGAGCUACGCCAGCGUAUGUUGACCACCUUCCUCAACCGCUGCCGCCGCAUGCAAGAUGUUCGCGACGACAAUGUCUGGUGGCGCUUCCUCGAUCCUAAUGCUAGCUGGAACGAGGUCCUCCACUCUCAUCCUGUCGUAAACAUUCCCAAGAACAACCUCAAGGCUCCUCCACUCGAUCCUGCCAACCCUUCUCCUGGUCACAACUUCCUGCCUGUUCCCUCAUCCUCUGCCAAACUACGUUCGUCUGGUAACGCUUCUGCGUCCGGUACCCCUAGCUCUCCACCCAUGCAGCAACCUUCUGUUGCCGCUCACUCGUCGCCUGGUCCUCAAGUCUUCGGUCGCUUCCCACCCGAUUCACAAAACUUGUCCGAAGAGGACCUUGAUCCCUACUUUGUCCAAUUCGAGAACUCAUCGCGCGAGCUCGAAACUUUGCUACAGGGUUCCAUGGAGAAAGUCAAUCAGCGGACCCUCCAGCACCUUUACAAGCUUGGAGACGAUCUCAUGGAGCUGGGUGGUCGUUAUAACGCUUUCUCCCUUUCUGAACAAUCUGCCGAAGUCGCUGCUGCUAUUGAGAAGGUCGGCCAGGCUUGCGACUUCACAUACAUCCAGACCCGUGAUUUGUCCAGCGGCUUGUCUGCUCAGUUCGCUGAGCCUAUGCGUGAGAGCGCCCAAUUCGCCGGAAUCGUCAAGGGUGUACUGCGAUACAGAGUGCUGAAGCGUGUUCAACAAGAGAUGACUCGUGAGGAGCUCGACAGAAAGAGAACAUCUCUCGAUUCUUUGGAAAGGAGCGAGGCCGAAGCCAAGCGUAUUGAGCAAUACUUCAACAACUCCGGGUCUUCGCCACCUCAACGCAGUAUGAGCACUGGCAGCAACGCUGCUAGACGCAAUCCAGCCAGAGAUCAACUGCCUAGGCGCGCAGAAGACGAUACGGCAAGCAUCGACUCAGACUUCCCUCCUACCAUGGGCAGCGCCCCGAGCGCCGCACAAGGCUCCCCUCACCAGGAUCAAUCUACCAGCCCUACGCAGCAUAAGAGAGGCGCUAGUGGCAAUUUUGUGACCAACAAGAUCUUCGGGCGACUCACUCAUGCUUACCACAAUGUUGUUGAUACUGACCCAGAACGGGUGAGGCGGGAUCAGAUUGGCAAGACGAAGGAAAGCUUGACACAGCUUGAGCAAGCUCUGGAGGUCUCUGAAAAGGACGUCAAGGAUGCAAGUGGUGCUGUACUCAAGGAUCUGAAACGCUUCCAAAGCGACAAGGAAGAGGAUCUGAGGAAAUACAUGCUGGCCUUUGCACGUUGUCAUAUCCAAUGGGCACAACGCAGUCUGGAGACCUGGGAAGAAGCGAGGGUGGAAGUCAACAAGAUUCCAGUAUUGGAACCGAGGUAG